AUGCAGAUUAAGCGCGAGUGGUGCUUCCCAUUCCUCAGGAGCUACGACAUGCGCGGGAAGCCCUUCGUGGCGGACGACCUUCGGAAGCCGGUGCUGGUGACCUCCUUCAAGACGCGUCCCGUGUACGCCAACCCGCAAAUGUGCCGCCUGGUGGGCUACUCGCAGGAGGAGAUACUCGCCGACCGACUCGAGCUGGUGCUGACCACGCGCACCAAGUUCUCCUUCCAGCGCACCCUCCUCGGCGUCUGGUACGCCAACCCGCUCACUCCACCGGAAAGCGCUGACGUGGCGUCCAGGGAAAAGAUGGGCGUGAGCGAUGUACGACAGAGCGUGGUGGAGCUGUUGAGCCAGUCCGGCGAUCUGAUCAUGGUGCAGGCGACAGGGCAGUUCUUCUACGGGCCUGAUGGACAUCUCCGCUGCACGGUGCUCUGUGUGGAACGCGUGCUGGGAGUCACCCGCCCGCCCUGGACUCUGGGCGACGACCCGGUCGGCGAGGAGGAACACCAGCAGAGGUUGGAGCUGUACAGAGAGGCCAUACGCCAGAGAGAGGAGCGCGAGUGGAAACGGGUCGAAGACAGCUACUAUGAUCCGUUCUUCCCCGCCGCCGCAGCCUCGCCGCCCGCCACUGCCGUCGUCGCUGGAGGAGACCACCAGCCGUUGCCGCAGGCGUGGGACAAGGAGUUCCUCCAAUUCUUCGUCUACUUUGGCGGGUGCGAGGAGGUGAAGAUGUCCUUGCGCGGCUCGCCCGUGACGUUGAGGAAGCCCACGGCGCCCUUCUCCGUCCGCAUGAUGGAGUGGUCCACCAGGGUGUACACGCCAGGCACGAGCGGCGUGAACUCCACGAUCGUGACGCCGCCGGCCGGGACAAGGGUGGUCUGUAGCGACUUGGCGGGCGGACUCUGCACGUCGCCCUCGCGAUAG